AUGAAAAUAAAAGAUAAAAUUCUGUUUUUUAUUAGUUUAGGUUCGAUUAUUCAGUUGAUAUCAUGCAAUUCAAUCAAAACCAUCAAGCCACAAAUUGUAAAAUAUGAAUUUCAUCAACUCUCAAAAUUCGGAUACAGCUUCUUUUAUCAAUUAAGUGACGGACAUAUAAGGAAUGAAACUGGAUUAUUUGAUGAUAAGGCAGGAAUUUUAAGAGUGACUGGGAUUUACAGCUACAUUGAUGAGGAUCAGAAUAAACAUUUAGUAAGAUAUAGUGCGGAUGAGAAUGGAUUCGUCACUAAUGAUGAUACUGAAGAUAUUGAAGCAGACAUAUCAAUAAAUCAACCGAUGGAAAUUUCCUCAGCUGCUGUUGCCACCUUGUCUGGUUAA